AUGGCGGCACAGUCGCGCCUCCGCACGACCCUCGACUCUGCCAAAUUGGAGAGUAUAAAUCGCCUUCUCGCGUUUACAUCACUUUAUGGAAGAAACUAUGCUUCAAUCCAACGCGUCUUGCGCGUUGUGUACUUGAUCGGCGUGGCAUGUGGUGUGAUCCUUAUGUUCGCGCCCAAGAGUCAGAACAAGAAAAGCAGUAAAAAAAGUACCGCUAAUGAAAGUCGAAAAGAGAGUAAUCGUCCUGAUGCGGCGCUUAUUUCGCCGCCAAAUGCACAGAAGAAGCGAGUCGCUAUUGAUCGCGUAUUUUAUGCGCGUUUGUUUCGUCUGUUGCGCAUUACCUUUCCGACAUGGCGAUCCGCGUCGUUCGGUCAUCUCAUCGGCUUAUCCUUCACGCUUCUCUUGCGCACUCUCAUUUCCUUGUACGUCGCCGAGCUAGAUGGCCGCAUCGUGUCGUCGCUUGUCCGAGGCGACAAAGCGCUGUUUUUACGCAGGGUCGUUGCAUGGAUGUGCAUCGCCGUACCUGCCGUAUUGACAAACAGUAUGAUUUCGUUUUUCGUUAACUCAUUGUCUCUAUCGAUUCGCUCGCGUCUCACAAACGUGAUCCAAAAUGUGUACCUGAAAAACCUGACAUUCUACAAACUCACGAACUUGGAUGACCGGAUUCGCAACGCGGAUCAACUGUUGACCGUGGACGUGCAGAAGUUCAGUCGCGCUAUAUCGCUGUUGUAUGGCAACAUUUUUAUGCCGAUGAUCGAUUCCAUCGUGUACAAUUUGCGCCUAAGUCAAACCGUUGGUGUGGAAAUGUUGAUUAUGACGACAACAGUGAUCCGACUUACAGCUAUGUUGGUCAAGAUUUUGACGCCACCAUUUGGCCAAUAUGCGGCAACGGAGCAGCAACUUGAGGGCGAGUACCGAUUUAGCCAUGCCCGUCUUUUGGAGAAUGCUGAGGAAAUUGGUUUCUAUCGGGGCCAGGAAUUGGAGAAAAAACUGAUUGACCGCUCUUACUUUUCCUUGCUCAAGCAUAUGAACCGUAUUUUCCAUAUCCGCAUAUAUUAUGGCAUGAUGGAAGAAAGCAUUGUUAAGUGGCUUUGGGGCGCCAUUGGGCUAGUUAUUUGCUCUGCCCCUGUGUUCUUCAAGAUUCCUGGAUUCGUCACGCGUGGCAUAAAGUCCGAUGCAGGUUCGCGCACAGAAACGUUCGUGACAAACCGACGUCUCCUUUUAUCAACAUCCGAUGCAUUCGGUCGUGUAAUGCUCAGCUAUAAGGAAAUGUCCGAGCUGGCCGGCUACACGUCGCGAUUGACAGAACUGAUGGAGGUGAUGGAUGAAAUCAACUCAGGUCGCGCUAAGAAGCGCCUCGUCACUUCUGUUGGCCAAGAAGCAAUUGAUCAGAAGAAUGAGAUCUUUUCGCGUCGUGGUGAAAUAAUUGAGGGCACCGAUGAAGUGGUGUUUGAAGAUGUGCCCAUUGUGAGUCCGAACGGGGAUGUCCUCCUGGAAAAGCUUAGCUUCCGUAUUGAACCAGGAAAUAACCUGCUUAUUAUUGGACCCAAUGGAUGUGGCAAAAGCAGCAUGUUCCGUAUCCUUGGUGGCUUGUGGCCUGUCUAUGGUGGACGUGUGUACAAGCCAGCGAACCACGACUUUACAUAUAUUCCGCAACGCCCGUACUUAUCGCUCGGUUCGUUGCGUGAUCAAAUCAUUUACCCAGACACGGUCGAUGAGAUGCAUGCCAAGGGCAUCAAGGAUGAAGACUUGGUCGAUAUUCUCAAGCUCCUUCAGAUCGAUAAUAUCGUCGAACGAGAAGGUGGCUGGGAUGCGGAGCGUGAAUGGCGUGAUGCGCUGAGUGGCGGCGACAAGCAACGAAUCGCUAUGGCGCGUCUGUUCUACCACAAACCCAAGUACGCGAUUCUUGACGAAUGCACAAGUGCCGUAACACUCGAAAUUGAACGAAUUAUGUAUGAGCACGCAACAGACCUUGGGAUCACCAUGCUCACUGUAUCACAUCGCCCAUCGCUCUGGAAGUAUCAUUCCCACGUUCUCCAAUACGACGGACAAGGUGGUUAUGUGUUUACUGAGCUUGAUGCUGACAAGCGCCUUAAAUUGCAAGACGAGAAACAACAGCUUGAACAGAAUUUGUUGUUGUUACCAAAAUGGCAAGAACGUCUGCGUGAUCUUCAAGGUAUCAAAACUGCCCAUGAAAGGCUUAUCAAGAGCUCAGGACAUGGUAAUCAACAGAAGGAAUCAACGUCCCAGCCACCCAAGCAGGGCGAAUCUGCUAAGCAGGACCAGACCUUGAGGCAAGAAUCGCAGAAAGAUGGGUCGAAGCCUGAGCCAUCCCAACAGGAUCAGACCUCGAAGCAAGAAUCGAAGAAAGACGAAUCAAAGCCUGAACCAUCCCAGCAGGACCAGACCUCGGAAAAAGAGUCCAGGAUUGAAGAUUCCAAACUUGAAAAACCCAAACAGGAAUCCAAACAAAGGUCGAAAGAUGAAGAUUCGAGACAAGAGCCACCGAAAAUCCAAAAUGAGAUCCCUGCCGCCGGUGCUAAAGUGUCACAACCACCAAAACUAAAGAAAAAAGCGUCGAAGAAGUCACAAAACUUGAAGUCCCCGUCUGAUCCUGCAGGAGAGGUUCCGUCAAAGUCGCCUGAAAAUGGCGAUGAUAAAGUUGGCAAACCAGCGCCUGCCAUUGAUUUUGCCUCCAUUCAUCAACAUCCGAAGAAGUGA